GUCUCUCAGAAAACUCACACACAGAUUGCACUGCAACCAGAAGUAACAUGGCUUUCAGGAACUUGCAACAGAUUUUUUUUUCUCUACUGCUGUUUCUUCUUUUUUGCUUAAACGUUUUCACAGAUAUGACAGCAGGAGUAUACAUUCGAGAGAAAUGUAUGUGCAUCCAAGAGAGUUAUCCCAUUCCAUGGAAAAACAUGACGGACUUCAAGGUGAUUGAUUCAGGCCCUCAUUGCAAAAAAGUUCAGAUCAUCAUCUCCAUGGGAAGUAAAGACACUUGUCUGGCUCCAAAUUCCAAACAAGGGAAGAAAAUGCAGCAAUGCUGGAAGCGGAUUAACUUCAAUGAAAAGAAGAAGAAGGUUUGCCUGUCAGCAAGAAAAAUCAAAUUGAGACAAAAAAAGGCAAAACCACCAUAAACCUGGCCAAAGACUCAGGUUUUUUUUUUUAAAUAUCUGUCUUUAUUCUUUUAUGUUUUAUUCUUUUUUUAAAACUUAACCUACAUUUAUCUAUAUUUCACUCUGUACUUGAGCUGCUAGAACACCUGAAUUUCUCGAUAAAGGAAUAUCUUAUCUUUUUUGUUAGAUGCCCCUUUGUACCAUGUUUAUUUUUGUAUCAUUUUACCGAAUACUGCUUUGUAAAAUCUGUUUUGUAUUCAUAUUGUAACAUUAAAACAAUAAGCCUAAAGAUGUAAACUGACAAUGGAGUGAAAAUUAACAGAACAAGAACAACAGAACAACUGUAUUUCAGCCUGAGUUAUGUCAUGUCACUUUAAAAAGAUUGAUUAUUUGUGGAAUUCCUUAUCAAAUACAAUUUUAAUGGAACCGAAUAUUCUGAUGGCCCCAUCCCUGUCUAUGGCCAUAAAUUAUUCAAAAUCAGUGAGGCUCAUCUUGUGAAAUGAUAACAAAUGACUGCUAGAUAAAAUACAAACAAAUUCAGACUCAGCUCUUCCACCAGCUAAAAGCCAGCAGAAAAGAAAAGGAAAGCCUACUGAGUGAAUGCAAUUGCAAGGUAGAGCAAGGUUAGAUGGCAUGUUAUUUUUCUGGACAAACAACUAAAUCAUUCUAGCUAGCGCUUAGCUAUCUUAGCCUUAGAAUGAUGGGGUCCACUUCGCGGUAGUGAGUAUGGAGUUAUACGGGCCUUUCACAUGAUGUCAUCAUAACUGCUUGCUUUGUGUUUGACAAUGACCAGCACAAGCUUACGCAAGUAAUUGUAAGUCCAAUUCAGUACAUCUACAGAUACACUUGUAGAACUUACAUCUAAAAGAACAAUUCCAGAGACCUGUAGUGCUUUUGGAUGUAAUAACAGAUGUGGAGAUAAGCCUGGUUUAACUUUUCACCACUUCCUGGUGAACUCAGAAAGAUGAGAAAAAUGGCGAGCUGCAUUUAAAUGGGAAGACUGGAUGCCAACAAAGCAUUCCUGUGUGCAUGGAGAACAUUUUAUAUCAGGUUAGUGUGAAAGCUCUGUGCAACUUUAAAAUGUAUAUCUGGAUGUGAGCUUUGGACGUGAUGUAGUUUAUUAGACCCAAUGCUUGGUGAGACUAGCAGCAUGCUUGUUAUGUACUGAUAAUGUAGACUCAGCUAAACAUAAUAAAAUAUGCUAGAGCUCG